CAGUUUCCUGCGGCCCGGUGGAGCCGCUGGUGGCCGCGGCAGGAUGUGCAGAAGGAGGGCGGGCUGUCACACUCUCUGCUCGGUAUGUGAGGACUCGGCUGCCGGAGUGAAUCUGUCUUUAUUCUGCGGGAGGAACGGAGGUGGCAGGCGGACAGCGAGGGGAAAUGAGUAACAGGAUGGAGGGUUCGGCGGGACCAGGCGUCGGGGCGAACGGACCCGUGGCAGCGCCCAGCAGCCCGGUGAGCUCCGCCAUGGGGCCGCCCCUGUCUCCACAAGAGCUGGAAGACGAGCAGCAGUCGUCGCUGACGGACGUCUCCCAGAUGUGGAUUAAGUUUGCCAAGACCUUCGCCCUCAUCUUCCCCAUCUACAUCUUGGGAUACUUUGAGUUCAGUUUCAGCUGGGUUCUGAUCGCACUGGCCGCGUUGUUCUAUUGGAAGAAGAACCACGGCAGUCAGGACUACAGGAUAAACCGUGCCUUAGCAUUCCUGGAGCAUGAGGAGAAAGCAAUGAAGAAAAGUUUGCCCACGACUGAGCUGCCACCGUGGGUUCAUUAUCCAGAUGUGGAAAGAGUAGAGUGGCUGAAUAAGACGGUGAAGCAGAUGUGGCCGUUCAUCUGCCAGUUUGUGGACAAGCUGUUCAGGGAGACCAUCGAGCCGGCGGUGAAGGGCGCCAACCCUCAUCUCAGCUCCUUCUGCUUCACUAAGAUCGACAUGGGCGACAAGCCGCUGAGAGUGAACGGGGUGAAAGUUUACACAGAGAAUGUGGACAAGAGGCAAGUCAUCAUGGAUCUGCAGAUCAGUUUUGUCGGAAACACAGAGAUUGACGUGGACAUCAAGAAGUUCUAUUGCAGAGCUGGGAUCAAAAGUAUUCAGCUUCAAGGAGUGAUGAGGGUGGUGAUGGAGCCGCUGCUGGGGGACAUGCCUCUGAUCGGCGCUCUGAGCGUCUUUUUCCUCAAGAAACCAUUGCUCGACAUCAAUUGGAGCGGACUCACAAACAUGCUGGACAUUCCUGGUUUAAAUGGUUUAUGUGACAACAUCAUCCAGGACAUCAUCUACGGCUUCCUGGUUCUGCCCAACUCCAUCAAAAUCCCUCUGGUGGGAGAGGCCCAACUGGCCCAGCUGCGCUUCCCCCUUCCUAAGGGCAUCCUGAGAAUCCACUUCAUCGAGGCCCAGGACUUGCUGAUUAAAGACAAGUUACUCGGAGGGCUGAUUAAAGGCAAGUCCGACCCGUACGGAGUCGUCCAGGUCGGGACCCAAGUCUUCCAGAGCAAAGUCAAACACGAGACCAUCAACCCAAAAUGGAAUGAAGUGUACGAGGCCUUUGUGUACGAUCACUCAGGACCCAAUGUGGGCGUCGAGCUGUUUGACGACGACCCUGAUAAAGACGACUUUCUGGGAAGUCUGGUGAUCAACCUGGCCGAGCUCCAGAAGGAACAGAAGGUCGACGAGUGGUUUGUUUUGGAAGAAGUGGCCUCAGGGAAGCUGCACCUCAAACUGGAGUGGUUAUCUCUGCUGCCCACACCUGAGAAGCUGGACCAGGCGCUGAUGACCAUCGGUGCUGAUCGCGGUAAAGCCAACGACGGCCUGUCGUCUGCGCUGCUCGUCGUCUUCCUGGAUUCUGCCAGAAACCUGCCGAGCGUCUUCGAGGGGAACUUGGGCUCUGGCUACUUAAAAGAGAGGCGGGCGGCGGGCCUCGUGUUCUGCGAGAACACCGCCUCUCUCUAUAGGACCUUAUUUCGCAAUCCGUUAGAGUUCAACCCAGCGGGGCUGAAGAAGGCCUCGUUCAGUAAGGCCAUCAAGUCCGGUAAAAAAGUGACCAGCGAUCCCAGUCCGCUAGUCCAGUUCAGAGUGGGACACAAAUCCUUCGAGAGCAAGACCAGAUAUAAGACCAACGAGCCCGUGUGGGAGGAGGCCUUCACCUUCCUCAUUCACAACCCCAGGACCCAACAGCUGGAGGUGGAGGUGAAGGAUGCGAAACACGAAUGUUCACUGGGGACGUUAACGCUGCCUCUGAGUCGCCUCCUGGAGGCAGAAGACAUGACGCUGGACCAGCGCUUCCCCCUGAAGAACUCCGGGCCGAGCUGCACCCUCCAGAUGAAGAUGGCUCUGCGGGUGUUGUGCCAGGUGAAGGACACUUCCCCAGCCCCAAACUCCGCCCCGUCCUCGGUGCAGGUCCGUAAGUCCUCCAGCCAGACGCCGCGACCCUCGGUCUCCUCUGACUCGAAGCUUCCCUCCGACAGCCCUGAAAACCUCCCCUCGGCGUCUCUGUCGGCCCAGGACCUGAUGAACCGGCAGAAGGACUCGGACGAAUAUGUCCGGUCUCCCGGAAGCACGGACUUGGGGCAGGGCGGAGGAGAAAGAGGAGGUCGUGGUCUGGCGGAGUCCGGCAGGAGCAGCUCUAACCUCGCCAUCUCCGGCUCCCAGCAGUACCUGGCCGGAGGCAAAGAGCCGACGCCCAGCAUCGCAUCAGACAUCUCCAACCCCUACGCUACGCAGGAGCUGCAGCAGAGGCUCCACCAGCUGCAGAAUGGCUCAGGCCCCAGUUACUUCCCACUGGGUGAGGUCCAGCUGACGGUCAGACACAGCUCGCAGAGGAACAAGCUCAUCGUGGUGGUUCACGGCUGCAGAAAUCUGAUAGCCUUCACUGAUCAGGGGUCAGAUCCGUACGUCCGCCUCUACCUGCUUCCCGACAAACGGAGGUCGGGCAGGAGGAAAACUCACACGUUCAAGAAAACCCUCAACCCUGUUUAUGAUCAGACGUUUGAGUUCAGCGUCUCCCUCGUGGAGCUCCACAGACGGACCCUGGACGUCGCUGUGAAGAACAGCGGAGGUCUGCUCUCCAAGCACAAAGGCCUUCUGGGAAAGGUUCUGGUGGACUUGACUCAUGACGACAUCACAAAGGGUUGGACACAAUGGUAUGAGCUGAGCGAAGACGGCCUGGCGAGGCCUCAGCAGCUAUAGACGUCAACAACAAGUCUUCACGACAACAUAUCGCCACACUUCCGCUUUACAUCACUGCACCAUGUUGUUUUUUCAUCACUUGUAACUGUUAAAAAAAAACAAAAGGAACAGAAAAGCAGCUUUCGAUUUAUUUAAUCACUUCAGUCGCAAGGCAAACGUCCCCUUUAAGAAGUGCGUGAGAGUGGCUGAGCAUAUAUGCAACAAGUAGAAAACUAUAUAUGACACAAUAUACAGUAGAACAAUCUAUUUUUUAGUCGGAAAUAUCGAUGAUGCUGAGGUUUGUAAAUAAUGUAAAAUGAUGCUGGAUGAAACGGACGUGUAGAGAAAGAUGUCCGAGGUCUCGGACUUGGCCAAAUGAUUGUUUGUAAUUUUAUCUGUUUUCAUGAUUAUUAUUAUUUUUUCUUUUUUUAAUUGCUCAAUAUUCUGGACGGAGUUUCUGAGGCAGAGCGGGCGUGUGCAGGGAAAGACGUCACCAAAGAGACGAGAAGUAUUUUAUUUUGGUAACACAACUGUACGCUGGCUUUAUUCCACUUUAAUAACGUGUGUAUUAACCAUGUGAUGAGAACUUUGAAUACACAAAUAUCGUGUUAAAUAUGAUGCAAGUACCAAGUUUAUUUAGCUCGAUAACACAGGCUUUUUCUCUAGUUAAUAUACCUGCUGUUACACUGAAAUAAGGCAGUUAUCUGAUUGUUUUUUUAAAACUAUUUGCACAUUUGUGUGUCUGUGUGUGUGUUUUUUUUAUCUGGUCGGGGAUCAUCCGUGUUCUUAUCAGCAAUUUGAACAUUUCCUGAAUUCAUUUAGGAUGAAAACAUCAGGUUCAUCAGAUAAUUUCAUCUCAAAUUCAUUAAAUUCAUGUUUUUUCUAAAUAUAAAAUUCAAAAGAUCUUGAAAUGAUGAAAUAUCCGUUUUAAGGGAAUACGGUGACAUUUUGUUUUUCACCAAAAGUCAAAUGCGAGGUUGGGUUGUGCUUUUGUUUUGAGGAACAAAAUCCGCCUGCCGUCACCUUUUUAAGUUUAUCAAUUAUUACAUUAUAUGUCGUUAUAUUGUUUGCUUGUAUGGAAGAAUUAAGAAAUCCACCAACUGAUGUUUUUACACUCAUCCCUGUCUCCGUGCUUUAUGCUAAGCUAAGCUAACCCUGGAUUUUGAUUUUUUUUUAAAAAUGAAAACAUGUAUUACUCAACAUAUUGAACUUUCGCUGUCAUGUCAUUCCUGUAUCACGUUGGACUUUAUUUAAAAUGAAAAGUGAGAAAACAGCGUUUGUGUUAAAAAUAAAGACGUAAAGCAGCAGAGUGGUGAGAGAUACGGACGCAAAGUCGUUGUGCUGAUUUCACCUCGUCUGUUGUUGUGGCUUUUAUUUGAUAAUUAACACUUUGCACAGACGCUGAGACGAAGGAUUCACCAGACAUCUUUACACUCAUUGAAGUAUCUGGAAGAUGCUUUUAUCACAAACGUUUUAUUUCCCACUUCCUGUUGUCAGAGGUUGACGUCAUGGUCGUCGCUCACAUUUUGUUUAAGUCAACAUCGGUCUUAACUCUUCAUCGAGGGUAAUUUUCAACACUUUGUUGUGUCGCGUUUGUUGCUGUGACGCACAAAAUGUUUUUUCGUCUGAAGCAAAACCACACAGCAGUGAUGAAAACGACAUUUCUCUGUUUUCCUGUUUUGUUUUAGCUUUGUGUUUGCUUCUAGUUUUUCACAUUUUUGUUUAGUUUUCGGUUGGUUUUGUUUUUUCUUUAAUGCAUCGCUUGUUUUGUUUCAUAUUUGUUUUGUUUCAUAUUUGUUUUGUGUUGCCUUGUGUACAUACACUUGAAUGAAGCAUUGAUCUGAUUUAUAUCGGUAACAAACGAUUUGGUUGUGAAUGAGUUUUAGUAUCGAACACCUAAAUGCGUUUUGUGUGUCAAUACGCAGCCAAACAGUGAUUGUGUGUGUUGAUACUGAGGUGGCUGCAGUUUGACCUUUGACCUUUUGAAACACCAAAUAUUGACCGUUGCCUUGUUCUCAUUCACAUCAGGCAUCGAGGAAAGUAUUUCACAUAAAUGUCUGUAGCUAUUGUUUAAUGUCUCUCGAUGUUCUCUUCCAGCCGUCGUCCUCUUUGUCGUGUUCUGUGCGUCGGUCUGUUUAUUUUGUGUGUAAGCCAUCGGAUUUGAACGCUUUGCCUCUGUGGGUGCAGUGUGUCCUCGCUUAUCUUGUUUAUCUUGUGCCUUAAAAUCCACACGGCCCAGAGAUAUGUGCGUGUUUGAAAAGAACCAACGUGUUUCAGAACGUCUCCUCAAUGAAAUGAAUAAAGAGCUUCGGCUGCAGCAGCAGGAAGCUGAACAGCA